AUGUCAGCGCCCAAGUCGCCUGGCAUUGAACCAUCUGCAACCGAGUCUCCAACUAUCGCCGAACAUGAAGGGCCCGAUGCGAACUACAAGGCCAAGGCGCAGGUUCUCAACCGCGCGAUACAGACGAUCGGAAUGGGUCGAUACCAGUGGCAACUGUUCGUCGUGAUCGGCUUCGGCUGGGCAAGUGAUAAUUUGUGGCCCAUUGUUACCUCCCUGAUUCUUCCCGCCGUGGCAAACGAGUUUCACCCUUCGAAGGCACCGUUCUUGACGCUAGCACAAAACAUCGGAUUGCUGGUGGGUGCUGUAUUUUGGGGAUUUGGAUGCGAUGUGUUCGGUCGCAGAUGGGCGUUUAACUUGACGAUCGGAAUCACAGGGGUGUUUGGCCUGAUCGCCGCCGGGUCGCCCAACUUCGCUGCCGUGUGCACAUUCGCGGCAUUAUGGUCUGUUGGCGUGGGCGGGAAUUUGCCCGUAGACUCGGCCAUUUUCCUCGAGUUCUUGCCUGGAUCACAUCAAUAUCUGUUGACUAUUUUGUCUAUCGACUGGGCUCUUGCCCAGGUCCUCACCACUUUGAUUGCUUGGCCGCUGCUGGGGUAUAGGACUUGUGAAUCUGAAGAUGGAUGCACAAAGGGGGAUAAUAUGGGGUGGCGAUGGUUCAUGAUCACAAUGGGGGGUCUUGCCAUGAUCAUGUUUGUCUGUCGAUUCGCAUUCUUCACGAUUUUCGAGUCGCCCAAAUACCUUAUGGGCAAGGGCAAAAACAAGCAAGCUGUGGAGGUUGUGCACGAAGUUGCCAGAAGAAAUGGGAAAUCAUCAGACUUGGCUCAAACUGAUCUCGACGAAUGGGAUCAGGGCGAAAUUCAGCAUUUCAGCGCGGCUAAUAUUGUGCGCCAACGGCUGGAAACUGUGCGGUUUGAUCACAUUCGCGCUCUCUUCGAUACUCCCAAGCGAGCAUGGUCUACAACACUGAUAAUUAUUAUCUGGGCAUUUAUCGGCCUCGGAUUCCCGUUGUAUAACGCGUUUCUGCCAUAUAUCCAACAGUCUCGUGGCGCUGAAUUUGGGGAUGGGUCGACCUAUCUGACAUAUCGGAACUCGUUGAUUAUUGCCGUGAUGGGCAUUCCGGGCUGUCUGCUCGGUGGACUGUUAGUUGAACUACCACGGUUUGGCCGGAAGGGUGCACUAAGCACAUCGACAGCUGUGACUGGAGCCUUCCUUCUUGCGUCCACGACAGCUACCACUUCGAAUGCUUUAUUAGGUUGGAACUGCGCGUUCAACUUUAUGAGCAGCCUGAUGUAUGCCGUGCUAUAUGCGUAUACACCAGAGAUUUUUCUCACCAAAGAUCGUGGGACAGGAAAUGCAUUGACCGCGUCUGCGAAUCGAGUCUUUGGCAUCAUGGCUCCGAUCAUUGCCAUGUUCGCUGACCUCAACACUGCUGCACCGGUUUACGUGAGCGGUGCGCUGUUUAUAGCAGCGGGCAUUCUUGUCCUUUUCAUGCCGUAUGAAUCUCGUGGCAAGUCAAGCUUGUAA